ACAUCAUUUUUUGUGGAUCGUGGUGGGCUCCGAGAUACCCUCCACGUCAUUCUCAUUGGUUAUCCGCCUGUUUCCUGGUCUGCCGAACGGUCUGCCGCUCUGAAAUCAAGAAUUGGCUUCAACAUGAGCUACCAACCAGCACGACGGACCCACAAUGGUGUGGCUUCGCUCCGCCCCAACAUCCUACUACAGGGACAGCACGCAGCGAACGACGCGUGGAAAUCCCUCAACAUGCCCGCCAUGUUGGGAAAAGAUGAUCAUGUCACUGAUCACGUUAGCAAAACUCUUGCACAACACCGUUCUGUCGUUCGUAAGCGUCCCUCAGAUCGUUGUCCGAGGAGGUGUGCCACCCACGCGAACGAUAUGCACUUCCGUGACUACGUUCGCAUCUGUGCAUUAAACUUCAUGUGGCAAGAUCAAAUGGCAUUCGGCUCAUGGGGGGCUCCGAGUCCGUCUGAUCGAAGGCACAUAGUUAUAGAUCGUGAAGUCUGUCAUUCUGGAAAUCGAAACGGUGUUCACUUUCACAAUUGUCCGAGUUCGUCCCUUGACUGCAUCAGGAAUAUUCUGCUUUCGUUUCCUGAAGUACCCGAUACUUCCUUCUAGAACCCGAAUCAUAUUCCGAAAUUCCUGCGAUGAGUGACCCGGUAGGGGGUGGCCGCCGUCGUUCACGGGUAAGCC